AUGUCAAGUCUUGGAGGUGGACUUGACGGUUGUCUUCGUCAGUAUGGUGUCUUUCGAGCUCUCAGCUGUGUCAAGAUUCCAUCCUCGCUUACCUUUGAAGAAGCUGCGACACUACCUUGUGCAGCAUUAACAGCCUGGAAUGCUUUAUAUGGAAUUUCUGACAAAACAUUAAAACCGGGUCAAAUUGUUCUCGUUCAAGGUACCGGUGGAGUUAGUCUCUUUGGUGCACAAUUUGCAUUAGCAGCUGGUGCAAAAGUUAUCAUUACCUCGUCAUCAAAUAAUAAAAUUGCUACAGUCAAGAAGCAUCUUGGUGAAAUGAAUGUUUUGACGAUCAAUUAUUCUGAAACUCUAGAAUGGGGUAAGAAAGCUAAAGAAUUGACUGGUGGACGAGGAGUCGAUCAUAUUCUUGAAGUUGGUGGUGAUAAAACAUUAAAGCAAUCGUUUGAAGCACUUGCAUUCGGUGGUUCGAUUCAUCUUAUUGGAUUCGUUGGCCAAGGAAACGGUUCCAGCAUAACUGGAUCAGAAAUUGUUAUGGGAACAUUGAUGAAGAGUGCAUGCAUUCAUGCAGUUCUAAUUGGCAGUGUCGAGCAAUUUAAUGCAAUGAAUGCUGCUAUUGAGACACAUAAGAUUAAGCCAAUUAUUGACAAGGUUUUUGAAUUCGAAGAUGUGAAGAGUGCUUACGAAUAUCAAUGGUCACAACAACACAUUGGAAAGGUCGUUGUCAAAAUAUCACAAUAA